AUGGAGCUGCCUCUUCUGAAGUCGCAUGCGUGGGAGCUGACGUACGACUGGCACUGGCUUCCAAGCAACCAGUUUGAAGCCAUCGAGAUGCCUUCCACGACGCCAGAUCCAAGCAAGGACGUUCUGCGCCCACCCGCACCCGCAUCGCCCGCUCGCGACUUGCCCCCAUCAUCGCCACUCGCAAAGUCAUCUCCACAAAAGAGGCGAAUACAAGACGACGCGCCCAGCACCCCGCUGCCCGUACCGCUCUCGCAGCUCGAGCACGAGGCGCAGCUACAGACGCAUCGCAGCACCGUGCUCCAAAAGGCCGAUUUGAUCCUGAAGCGAGCUGGUUUGCAGCGCCCACCGCCCGCGUCUGCAGCGCCAACGUCGCCGCCGCCAAGCCCAAAGCUCUACUACUCGCCGAGCAAGUACGGGCCGCGGAUUCUUCCCAAAGCCAACUUGAUGUGGCCCGAGCGCGUCCUCGCACUGAACCGCAUCGUGGGCGUCUCGCAGACGUGCACUGGCGGCGCGUUGUGGUGCCACGCCUCCAAGUCUUUUGUCUACGCCAGCGACGCCACGCUCGUUCUCGCCGAGCGUCGCGAGAACACCUUGGCCAUGUCGUUCUUGCAUGGGCACGCCAGAGACAUUCGCUUCCUUGUGCUAUCUCCGACCAUGCACAUGGCCAUCACGUGCGAAGACGGGCCGUCGCCAGCGCUGCGCCUCUGGUCCAUGGCCACGUCGCGCUGCGUCGCUUGUCUGCGCGGGCACGUGCAUGGUGUUGUGGCGCUGGCUGUCGGCGGCACACGGCUCGUCGUCGUCGGCAAGGACGCGCAGCACCGCACGCAGCUCAUCGUCUACGACGCUGCGAGUGCCACGUCAUCGUCGUCACCGUUAUCGACGCUCCCAGUCGUGGCGAAACAAACGUCGGAUUUCCCCAUUUCCAACUUGCGCUUCUCGCCGUACGACAGCGACCGCCUCGUCUCGUGUGGCCGGGAAAACAUCCGAUUUUGGCGCCUCAAGGCCGGGCACCUGCCGGGCUGCCCCGUCGUCUUGCACGAGUAUGCGCGGGACACGCACUUUACCGACAUUGCGUUCGACGUGCCAGGCACGCCGGGCCUGCCCGUGUACGUCUCGUCGUCGCAUGGCACCAUCUUGGUACUGGAUUACGCGUCCAUGGCGCUCCUCUGCGUCUACAAGCUUCAUGACGCCGCGAUCCACUGCAUCGCAGUGAACGCGGGCUUCUGCGUCUCGGGCGGCGCAGAUGGCUUUCUCCGAGUGUGGCCCUUGGACUUUUCCGACUUUUACCUCGAGGCGAGCCACGAAGCCGCGGUGCUCUCGAUCGACCUUUCGGGCGACGGGCUCCAAGCGCUGGCGACGUGCGCCAACGGCACGAUCGGUGUCCUUGACGUGAGCAGCCACGCAUACAGCAUCGUGCACCGCGCGCACACGGCGCCGAUCUCUGCGAUCGCGCUGAGUCCCCAGAGCGACGCACUCGUGUCUGCUGCGCUCGACCACACGAUUCGCGUCUGGGACCUCCUCACCGGGCUGCAGACGUACGAGUUCAAGACCGAGGCGAGCGUUGGCACGUGCAUCGCGCACCACCCGAGCGCCGCGCGCAUCGCCGUCGGCUUUGCCUCGGGCAUGCUGCGCAUCUUUGACAUUCCGAGCAUGACGAUCCUCGAGACGUACCAACAGCAUAUGGGUCCCGUCCUGGAUGUCCAGUACGGCCUUCAGAGCGUCUACUCGAGUGGCGAGGACCAGCAAGUGUGCUGCUACCAGCACCACUCGUCCACCGUCCUCUCGGUGCCGUGCGAGUACCCUAUCACGAACGGCCGUUUCUGCGUCGACGUGGCCUUGCAGUGCCUCGCGAUAGCAGGCGCCGACAACACGUCGAUCGAGCUCCUCGACCUGUACUCGCUGCGGCGGAAGCGGUCGCUGCAGUACUGCGAUGGCAAAGGCACCCCGAUGCAACUCAAGAUGCUUGGGUUUGUGCACCAUCAGCAACUGCUUGUGCUCGUCGUGGCAUCGCAGCGGCUGCUCCUCAUGGCGCCGUCGACCGGCGACGUUGUCCGUGCGUGGGCUCGAUCGCAGACGGCAGCGUCGGCGACCUCGCCCACAGUGCUCAUGCUGGAGCACCCGCAGCAGCUCCGCUUGACGCAGUCGUUCGCAGGCCAGAGCCACGGUCUCCAGCGCGUGCUUUUCUCACAAGACGGCAAGUGGGUCGUAACCAUCGGCGGUAGCGCCGCACUGCUUCUCUGGCGCUUCCUCGGGUACGAGGACGACUUGCGCGCGACCAACACGGACAGUAUGCUCUCCGAUGAUGCGCUGGCGUCAAUCGACGAAGCCGCUUUGUUUGAAGAGCACCAUAAGAGCGACAAUCAGCUCUUUCACGACGCCAACGAAGACGAGGAUGAGAACGAAGAUGAGGAUGAAGACGGCGGUGUGCCACGACAGCUCGUACCGACGCCGACGCAGCGUCCGACACGGCGCAAGUCCAUCUCGGAGCUGCCACCAAGUCCAAUAGUCCCCUCCGACAUUCCGUGGACGCCACGCAUUGCGCGCGCGCGUGGCUUCAACAUGGACGCCACGUCGCCCGUCGUGUGGUCGGCGGCGCACCAAACGCUCGUCCGGGCGGUUGGCUCCCGCGUUCUCGUCGAGACGCGAUCAACAAGCCGACACGAGUGCAUACAAGCGUCGUCUCGAGUCCUCGGCCUCGCCCUCGCGCCGGCCCAAGACAUGAUCGUGUACUGGGACGCAGCCCCAUCGCUGUCUUUUGUGUCGCUGCAUGACGCCAUGACGAUAACGACGACGACCGUGCAUGCGUCCGUCCGGUCGGUUGCGUUUCAAACCUCGCGUCGCGUCUGGUGCAUUGCUGGCGCCGACCUCGUGCUCGUCGAUGCCGAGGCGAUUGUAGCGUCCCUAGCGUUGAGCGACGUGCCUUGCCAGAUCGCGUGGCUCGGGCAUACGGCCGCGGACGUCGUCACAGCCCACCCGGUUCAGUUUUGGAAGUUGACGACGGGCAACGCCAUCGUUGCGGUGCCAAUCCGCACGGACGUAUCCAUGGGGCUCGUCGCGUCAUUGCACACCCGUCGACACGAUGAUUUGGUGCUGGGUUGGAGCGCCGAGACAAGCAAGCUGCACAUUCUAAACACCGCGACGUCAUCCAUCGUAUGCUCUGCGACGCUCCAGGCGCACCGACGGUCCACGCUGGCCCAUUUGGUUUGGUGCAACGAUACGACUGUGGCCGUCGCUACGGCCGACGCGCCAUACGUAUGGCUCUACCAACUCGCGCUGGCUGCUGACGGCGAGACGCUGGCGCUGGACGCGAUGGAGCGCAACGGUCUCUCGCUGCUCACCAACGUCCCGCCACCCGGUGGCGCACUAAGUAGUCUUCUGCGCGUUGACGCACCCAUCGAGUCGAUGACUUGGCAUGCGGCCUCGGACACUGACGACUACGGCGUCGUCAUCACGAGAACGGGUGCGGUCUGGUCGGUGCAGCCCACCGCGUUUACACGGCAGCUACUCGACCUCACGCUCGCCGCACCAAUCACGCGCCUCGGUGUCCUCCCUUCUGGCGACAUUGGCACGCUCACCGACUCGACUCUGCGGCUCUGGGACUCGAAGACGCUGCGCGAGUGCUGUUACCACGCAACGCUGCCUCCCCUCGCGCCGUCCGCGUUCGCGACCUCGGCCUUUGGCUGCGUCGUGGGCUAUCCCAACGGGCAGCUCCGGGCUCUCUCGAGCGACGGAAGCAGCAGCACCACUUGCCAGCCAUGGGCUCUCGAGACGGCUCGAGCCAAGAACUUUUUGAGACGGUACACGUCCGACGUCGCAAUCGAUAUGCUGUGUUUUCUUCGCAACGCGCCGGUGCUACUGGUCGGCAACUCGCUCGGACAGCUCGUGCUUCUCUCUCUGCCCUCCAUGGCCGUGACGUGGGUGCCAUUACCCUUUGGCGCCCAAGCAGCCUCGACGUUGUCAUCGCAAAACCCAUCGCACAUCGGCGGCCAACUGCUGCACGCUUCGGGUGCCGCCGACGCGAUCGUUGUCGUGUGGGCGUCGCAGGCGCAGAAGAGCCACGUGCACGUGUACACAGGUCACGGCUCAGUCUUGCAGGACGCGUGGAAGCUGCCGCAGGUGCAGCCCGCCCACGCCUGGGCCCUCCUCUCGCCACACGAAGACUCGGUGGUCCUCUAUAGUGCGGUCAGCGGCAUCGAAGCCCGCUGCUUCCAACGCCGCACCGUCUUGUGGCAGUGCGCACUCUCUCCGUGGCCGACAAGCGCGAUUCUGCUGGACGACAUUCUGUUGCUGGCGUCCGCGGGCAUUUUGCACCGCCUCGACCUGCGCGACAUGGCGCUCGCACCGAUCGCUAUGGACGCGGAACUGGCCGCCGCCAUCGAGAACCAGCGCAUUUGCCACAAGAACGGAGCGCUGUACAUUGCCGACGGCAACUGCCUCGUUCGCUUGGAGCUCACUCGACUGGAGCCAGUUCCUAACGAGAGCGAUGACCUGCUGGACGAUGGCGCGUGA